UAACAACAUAUCUUGAAGUUUGGACAAAAAGCCUUCCAUUCAUUUUAUUUAUUUUUAAAAAUAGCCCAGGGGGCUGGGCACAGUGGCUCCUGCCUGUAAUCUCAAACCCAGGACCCUGGGUUUGGGGAUAGGGCAGAUCUGUGUCUUUUACAAUCUGGGAACACUCAGCAUGGUCUGUGCUGGAGGGCAGAUGGUGGCAGAGAGGCUGAGAAGCGUGGCAGUGACGAGGGUAAGACGGUCCCAAGCCCGAGGGGCUCGGCCCCUUGUUUAUUCCACAAAGUGGAGGCCAACACCUACUGAGAUUAAGAACCUGGGCCCUGUCCCUGUCCCCUGAGUCUCCGCAGCCUGUGACCUCAGGCUUUUGCUUCUGGAUCCUUGGUUUCCCCAUCUGUGGAGUGGGGAUUAAAAGAUUGUUGAAGUCAUGGCCUGCUGUGUGAGAAUUCAGUGAGUUCAGACUUGAAGUUCUUGAGAAAUAUUAACUACUAUUAUUGCCAGGGGCCUCACUCUGUCAACUCUGGAGUGCAGUGGCACGAUCUUGGUUCACUGCAGCCUCUGCCUAGAGGGGUCAAGCAGUCUUCCCACCUCAGCUUGUCGAGUAGCUGGGACUACAGACACGCACCACCAUGCCCAGCUAAUUUUUGUAUUUUUUGUAGAGACAGAGUUUUACUCUGUUGCUCAGGCUGGUCUCGAACUCCUGGCCUCAAGUAAUUCUCCUACCUCAGCCUCCAGAGUAGCUGGGACUAGAGACAUGUAACACCAUGCCUGGCUAGUUUUAUAGUUGUAGAGAUGGGGUCUUGCUAUGUUGUCCAGGCUGGUCUCAAACUCCUGGGCUCAAGCAAUGCUCCAACCUCAGCCUACCAAAGUGUUGAAACUACAGGUGUGAGCCACUGCGUCUGGACACACAUAAUGACGAGAAAGUCGAAAUACCUAGAGUUUGCAGAGCAUGUAUCAGGCAGACCUUUAAAAAAAAAAAUCAGCCAUAAACUAUUUUGUAAUUGCAAAGAAAGAAAAGAAAAAUCCAAGCCAGAGAUGAUCUUACUCCCAUUUCUUAGUAUAAAGCAUUUUGUUAUCUUUUUUAUUUGUUUGUAUUGAGACGGAGUCUCGCACUGUCACCUGGGCUGGAGUGCAGUGGCACAAUCUCAGCUCACUGCAACCUCCGCCUCCUGGGUUCAAAUGAUUCUCCUGCCUCAGCUUCCCAAGUAGCUGGGAUUACAGGCACCCACUACCAUGCCCAGCUAAUUUUUUGUAUUUUUAGUACAGACGUGGUUUCACCAUGUUGGCCAGGCUGGUCUCGAACUCCUGACCUCGUGAUUCGCCUGCCUCAGCCUCCCAAAGUGCUGGGAUUACAGGCGUGAGCCACCGAACCCAGCCUAUUAGCAUUUUUUGAGACAGAAUGUCGCUCUGUCACCCAGAUUGGAGUGCAGCUCACUGCAACCUCUGCCUCCCGGGUUCAAGCAAUUCUCCUGCUUGAAUUGGAGGAUCAAUCAGGAGGCUGUAUUUGUAUUCCUGAGUAGCUGGAAUUGCAGGUGCCUGCCACCACAUCUGGCUAAUUUUUGUAUUUUUAGUAGAGAUGGGGUUUCACCAGGUUGGCCAGGCUGGUCUCCUGACAACAGGUGAUCCACCUGCCUCAGCCUCCCAAAGUGCUAGGAUUACAGGCAUGAGCCACCGUGCCCGGCCAGUAUAAAACACUUUGUCCAUGUUGUCAUUGUGUCCUAGCCUAUGUCAUCCAACCUAUAUGUACUGCCAGUUUGUUCUUCUAGGAAACUCAGACUUGGUAGUUGAUUGGUUUAACAAAUGUUGGUUAAACUGGGAUUAUUUGAAAAAAAAAAUUGUGUAUAUCAGGAAAGGCCGGAUUACCCCCAGAUUGCAGUGGCUUGAAACAGCAAAGGUGGAUUUUCUCACUCAUGCUGUAUUGAGUGUCAGCUUGGAGCCUGUGUGGACAGAUCAUGAAGGUUGCCAGUCGACGUAGUAAAGGCAGAGGGGUCUGGUCUUUCACUAGCAAUUAAGUGCUCUAGCUGAAUUCACAUGUGUCACUUCUGCUCAUAUCUCAUUGGCCAGAUGUAAUCACAUGGCCUCACACCUUAUUGGCCAAAAUUAAUCACAUGGCCCCACUCAAGCUAAAUGGGGUCAAAUGCUGGCCAAGUGUGGAGCUAGAAAUAUAUGGCAAAUAGCACUAAUGGCCAUCCUAACACUUUAAACAUCUUAUUUUAACCAAAAACAUUUAAACAGACAUCUCUUGUACGUAAGACCAAGACCCUUUCUUUCAGUAUUGGUCUCCUAGUUAGCACACGACAUCACAUUCUUGUUUUUGAGACAGGGUCUCACUUUGUCACUUGGACUGAAGUGCAGUGGUGUGAACACGGCUCACUGCAGCCUCAAUCUCCUGGGAUCAAGAGAUCCUCCCACCUCAGCCUCCUGAGUAGCUGGGACCACAGGUGCAUGCCACCAUGCCUAGCAAAUUAUUGUUGUUUUUGUAGAGGUGGGAGUCUCGCUGUGUUGCCCAGGCUGGUCUCGAGCUCCUGGGCUCAAGCAAUCUUCCCACCUCAGCCUCCCAAUGUGUUGAGAUUACAGGCAUGAGCCACUGCGCCCAGUGGAACAUCACAUUCUUGUAUAAGCUCCACCCAUAAACCACAAUGAGUCAUCUUUUUUUAAGUGACUUGAGAACCUAAAGACAUUUAUGAAACAAACGGGGGCUGAGUCUUCCUAGGUUUUUAUAAGCUUUUUCAUUAAAUAAUUUACAGUUGCUUUACUUGUACCUAACUUGGCAGCAUUUUUUUUUUUAGAGAUGGAGUCUUUUGUCGCUCAGGCUGGAGUUGCAGUGGUGAGAUCUCAGCUCACUGCAACCUCCGCCCCCUGAGUUCAAUUGAUUCUCCUGCCUUAGCCUCCAGAGUAGCUAGGACUACAGGGAUACACCACCAUGCCCGGUUAAUUUUUGUAUUUUUAGUGGAGAUGGUGUUUCACCAUGUUGGCCAGACUGGUCUUGAACUCCUGACCUGAAGUGAUCUGCCCACCUCCGGCUUCCCAAAGUGCAGAAUUACAGGUGUGAGCCACCACGCCUGGCAUGUUUUUCUUUUAACAACUCCCUUUUAGUCUUUCCAAAGCAAGCAAUCUGGUUUGUGUAUAAACAACUCUCUUGCAUUAAUUUCAUUAGUUUGAUAGUAAAUUAAACAAGAACUUCUCGCAUAAACAGGUUUGGAUCAAAGAGCUACCUUUCAGGAAGUAAGCAGCUUGAGAGAUGGAAGUGGAAUUGCUUAGUCAUAAUAGUAGCCUGCUAGCCCCAGCAGCGGGCUUCACAGAUGAAAGUGUCUUUCAAGUUGGUGGACCGAGUGAGAUGGUUUCAGAGAGUUUUGUUGCAGUAUUACUGAUAGAAUUUCAGCCUACAUUUUCAUUUCACUUUCUGACAUGAGUUCCCAUUUUGCUCACUCUGGAGUACACCCUGGUAUACCUCUCUCCAUGCUUAUACAAUUCAGGGCAUUCAAACUUAUGUGUGUCCUGGUGGGUUCUGAGGGAUGGGAAGGCAUUAACUAGGUAGAGAACAGGAAGGAUGGGAGAGAGAUUUUUGGGGGGGUGGCAGCAGGGGCCACAGUACCAAGUUUGGAUUUAAUUCUAAAGGCACUGGGAAGCCAUUGGAUGGUUUUGAUUAGUGUAGUGACAGAGAAGGCAGCAAGAGUUAGGAGGCGUCACCCAACCAAGAGAUCUUUAUGGUUUGGACCAACAAGAAUGGGAAGAAGUGAGGAUUCCGGGAGAUUAAAGCAGCUCCUGUUUUUUCUCCUUCCUGCUGCCAGGUUAUCCUCACAUGGGUGAUUGACAGGGCAUUGGAGGUACCUGUUGAUAACAAACUUGCAGUUUGUGUCCAGGGAGCACUGACUCCAUUUGGCCACAAUGCAGGUUGGAUUUGGGGUUUAAGGCUGGGCUCCAGUCAGCCCUCGGAAGCCCCUGGGCAGGAAAACAUGGACAGGCCUACGGGUUCUUCUGCCAUUUCACUGGCCACUCCUCCGUAUCCUUUGCUAGUUGCUUUUCAUUGUCGUGACUGCUAAAGGGAUGAGUGUCCCAGUCUCUUUGUGAGUGAGCUCAUCCAGUCUCCAUUAAAACACUGAUGACUCCCGAAUUUCUCUCUCCAGGCUAUGACAUCAAUAUCUAUCUACAUUGUUUAGUCAAUAUCCGAAACAGAAGUAGGGACUCCCUCUCUAACCUCCUACAGCUGUGUCUAUUUCUCCUCUCUACCUUCACUCGGCUCCGCCCACACUGGCUCCCUUUUAUUCCUUCUACUUUCAGGAUUUGUCUUUGCUGUUCUGUCCUCUUGGCACACUUUUCCAGCCACCUGGAAUGGCAGGUUGCUCACAGGUCGUUUUGACUUCCCUUGCUUGCUAACUUUACCUCCCUAUGGUCAUAUCCCAUCGCCCUGUGGAUGUGCGCUAGUUAACACUUAGCACAGCCUGUGAUUAUGUCUCUCCCCAGUGGACCGUGGGGUCUGUGAGGGACGUGGUCUGAUUCGGUCGUCGCCGAGCACAGAACUGGACAGGGUACUCAUAACAGAUUUUUGUUGUUGUUUUUAAAGAAAAGCUAAAUUUGAGUAGUGACUGCGCCAAGCAGUCAAGCACAGCCCCUCGGGCUUGAUCCCCAUAACCACUCUAGGGUUAGGUAUUACCCACGUUUAAGGAACAAAAAUCGAGGGAAAAAUCUUAUACAACUACUAGUAAGUAGUCAUUUCAUUUUAGCAGAGCGAAUGAGCAAAUCCACGGAAGGACGGGGAGCGACGUGAGUGGUGAGAAGCUUGGAGUCGCCAGGGACGGCGGGCGGAGCCUGGGCGCGGGGGCUAAUGGGCGGAGCCUCCAGGGACCGCUGGCCCCGCCCAGGCCGCGCGGGGGCCGCUGGGAGUUGGAGUCCCCUGCCCACCUCGCCACGUCACCGCCUGCAAACUUCAGCUCUCCCCCUCAGGCUCGGGUGCAAUCCGUACCCUCAGUGGGUUCCCUUUUAGUGGGUUCCCUUGUCCCCAGGCCCAUUAUUCCGUCCUCUCCUCUUCCCUGAUGUAUUUUGGCGCGGUUUCCCGGCUCUGCGGGCCCAGGGCUCCGGAUGAGGUCUCCCGCCGUCCCGACCCCCGCAAGGGGCCGGCUUGGUGUCGCCUUCGUCCUUCUGCCACCCCGUUUGGUAGGGGCUCCCGUUCCCGCCACGCCCCCUGAAGUUGUGGCUCGCGCGUCUUCCCAGGACUCCCCCGCGCCGGAGAGGCCCGCAGGACCGCCGAGCCCACACUCCGCUCCCGCCUGGGCCCCGCUCCCCCGCGCCGCUUUGGAAGGUGCUCGGGUCUUCGGGGCACUAGGUCCCAUCGGUCCCUCCUCACCUGGGCUCACCCUCGGGGGUCUGGCCGUGAGCGAGCACCGGCUCAGCAACAAGCUGCUGGCAUGGAGCGGCGUCCUUGAGUGGCAGGAGAAGCGCAGACCCUACUCUGACUCCACUGCAAAGCUGAAGCGGACCCUGCCCUGCCAAGCCUACGUGAACCAAGGCGAGAACCUGGAGACCGACCAGUGGCCGCAGAAGCUGAUCAUGCAGCUGAUCCCGCAGCAGCUGCUGACCACCCUGGGCCCCCUGUUCCGGAACUCCCAGUUGGCACAGUUCCACUUCACCAACAGAGACUGCGACUCGCUCAAGGGGCUCUGCCGCAUCAUGGGCAACGGCUUCGCGGGCUGCAUGCUGUUCCCCCACAUCUCCCCCUGUGAGGUGCGCGUGCUCAUGCUCCUGUACUCGUCCAAGAAGAAAAUCUUCAUGGGCCUCAUCCCCUACGACCAGAGUGGCUUCGUCAGUGCCAUCCGGCAGGUCAUCACCACCCGCAAGCAGGCAGUGGGACCUGGUGGUGUCAACUCAGGCCCAGUCCAGAUCGUCAACAACAAGUUUCUGGCAUGGAGUGGCGUCAUGGAGUGGCAGGAGCCCAGGCCUGAGCCCAACAGUCGGUCCAAGAGGUGGCUGCCAUCCCACGUCUACGUGAACCAGGGGGAGAUCCUGAGGACCGAGCAGUGGCCAAGGAAGCUGUACAUGCAGCUCAUCCCACAGCAGCUGCUGACCACCCUGGUGCCGCUGUUCCGGAACUCACGCCUGGUCCAGUUCCACUUCACCAAGGACCUGGAGACACUGAAGAGCCUGUGCCGGAUCAUGGACAACGGCUUCGCCGGCUGCGUGCACUUUUCCUACAAAGCAUCGUGUGAGAUCCGCGUGCUUAUGCUCCUGUACUCUUCAGAGAAGAAAAUCUUCAUCGGCCUCAUCCCCCAUGACCAGGGCAACUUUGUCAACGGCAUCCGGCGUGUCAUUGCCAACCAGCAGCAGGUCCUGCAGCGGAACCUGGAGCAGGAGCAGCAGCAACGAGGGAUGGGGGGGUAGUGGCUACCCCAGGCUGGGCCUCUCCAGGAGUCACAGAUGAGGCCCCCGCAGAGACUGGUGAGUGGUGACCCUGUCAUGUACAGGAGGGACCCUGGGGCAUGUGGGGGGUGGGGUUGGGAAAGAAGCAGGGCAACCUUGGCCUUCGGGAGAGCAGAGCAGAGGGAGAGGCAGCGGUCCCAGCAGUCCUAGGCUGUUGGGAAACUGCAGCCCGGCCAUAGGGCCGUGGGAGGUGGUGUCCAGGCCUGGGUGGGGCCAGGCCUCUGCUCACAGGGAUGUAGGGUCAGUGUUUGGGAGCCUGUGGCCAGCAGCCCCCACUGCACCCCUGCCCCCAGGUGACACGCUUCUGAGCAGGGGCCCCUGGGGACUUCAACUGCCCAGCAACAUGGAGGAUGGUGUCCUGAGGCCUCCAAGGACGGUCCCCACCCCUCUACGUUUCCCCAAUAAAGCCUUUUAAAAACCUG